AUGUCAGAAGAUAUUCACCCCGUCUUCCAGCUGCGAACUUCCAUGGACGCGAGAUAUAUCCCACCGGAAAUCCUAAAGGGCUACUGCCGGCUUGACAACGGCAGGCAUGACUUCGGCAUCCAGCCGGACAGCCCAGACCUAGGCUGGCUUGGGCAGUUCCCAUUCGAGCUGGUGGAAAUCAUACUCAAGCACCUGGACAUCCCGUCGCUGACCACAUUCCGUCGUGUGUCAAAGCGGGCCAUGCACACGGUCGACUCAACCUUUGAGUACAAAGAGGUGGUUCGCCGGGCACCGCAUAUAAUCCGCUGCGCGCUGGCAGUCGGCGCACGUCGUUACAGCCUCCACGAUGUCUACGUCACACUCAGGCAGAAAGCGGAGCCCUGGUGCCCAUGCGGGGUGGAAAAGACCUGGAUCUGCGUGUUCAGAGGCGAGCGCGUCUGCCUCUGCAGGCGCACACCACGUGCGCCAGCUGCGUCGUUCGACAAGAGCCUGGCGCUAAAGUUCUUUGGGCCGCCGCCGUGGUAUCCACGCCCCAGCACCACGACAAAGAUCACAGCACUCAUCCGCGAACGAGACUCGGGCGUCACCGUGAGGGCGGAAAAUUUUCGCCAUCCCGAGGGUUAUGGGGUUCUCCCCCCGGAAAGUCUGAGGGAAGAUAUGGAACUUUUUGAGCCGUCUUUGGCAGUUGAGUCCCGCUGGCGAGUAGCAUGGUAG